AUGCAGCAGACUGACCAGCAGUUUCAGCUCCAGCAGACUGACCAGCAGUUUCAGCUCCAGAAGCCAAAGCCUGUUCCAACAGUUCAACCUAAGCCGCAGUAUCCGCUUCAGAAGCCUGUUCAACCGCUAACUAACCAGCAGUUUCCGCUUCGGAAGCCAGUUCAACAGCUAACUAAGCCGCAGUUUCCGCUUCAGAAGCCUGUUCAACAGCUAACUAACCAGCAGUUUCCGAUUCAGAAACCAGUUCAACACCUACCUAACCCGCAAUUUCCACUUCAGAAGCCUGUUCAACAGUUAACUAAGCCGCAGUUUCCGAUUCAGAAGCCAGUUAAACAGCAGUUUCAGAAGCCAGUAGUGCAGGCAGAGCCCUUUGAUAAAUGUGUAGCUGUAGCUGAUUCUGAGCAGAUCCAAUGUGGUCUACCUGGGAUCAGUGGUGCUGAGUGUGAAGCUAUCAACUGCUGCUUUAACGGACAGCAGUGUUUCUAUGGAAGGGCGGUGACCGUCCAGUGUAUUAGAGAUGGUCAGUUUGUGGUAGUGGUGUCUAGAGAUGUUACUCUGCCUCGACUGAGUCUGGAUACGGUUCAUCUACUGGGUGGAAAUGACCCACCUUGUGCUCCUGUGGGGUCUACACCUUCCUUUGCUAUAUACCAGUUCCCUGUGACCGCAUGUGGCACGAGCGUGAUGGAGGACAGCGGAUAUGUGGUGUAUGAAAACCGAAUGACCUCCUCGUAUGAAGUGGGGAUUGGACCAUAUGGUUCUAUCACAAGGACAGUCAUUUUGA